ACGCAAAAGGUCGGCGCAGGUCGGCGUGGCCGCUCUCACGCUUCUCUCUGCUCGGGACAAAAUUUUUCAAAUUGGCCUCGUGUCUCGCGCAGGAAUAAUGGAGAGAUAACGAACGUUCGAUAACGCUCUCUUCCUUACACACGCGUCACUCCGCGUCACCGGGAUCUUCGUGGACCGUGUAUAUAUAUUUACGGUGGGAUGCACCGCGCGCUUUGAACGCCGCGAGGUUAGCCGUGGAUAACCUUACGUGUCGGCAAAAACAUGUCGAGUGUUAUCGCGAGGCCGCGCUUCAGCGGAUAUUUAAAACCCCUUCGGUGCCUGUGGCAGCGGCAACACAGCACGAUAAUCGACACAACCAGGAGCAAGCAAGAGAAUCUGGAAGCCAGACAGCGGGAAGUCAUGGCGCGAGGCCUUCCUAAACGUAAACGCAUAAAGGGCGUAAGACAAAUCUUCCUGAUCGCCUCCGGUAAGGGUGGCGUUGGGAAAUCGACGACAGCCGUGAAUUUGGCGACUGCCCUGAAGAUUAUCGAGCCGAGGAAGUCCGUCGGAUUGCUGGACGCCGACGUUUUCGGACCCUCCGUACCCCUCAUGAUGAACAUACACGAGUCACCGGCGCUGAAUCGAGAGAACCUCAUGGAACCUCUCGUAAAUUAUGGUGUGAAAUGUAUGUCCAUGGGAUUUUUAAUUGACGAGAAAUCACCGGUGGUCUGGCGGGGACUGAUGGUGAUGAGCGCGCUGGACAAGCUGGUGAAUCAGGUGGCGUGGGGGCCGCUCGACUAUCUCGUGAUCGACACUCCCCCCGGGACGGGGGACACGCACCUCUCUCUGAUCCAGACUCUCUUUAUCGCCGGCGCGCUGCUGGUGACGACGCCGCAAAAGGUCGCGCUGGAGGUGACCAGGAGAGGCGCGAAUAUGUUCAGGAAGCUGGACAUUCCCGUCGCCGGUAUCGUGGAGAAUAUGAGCAGCGUUACGUGCCCGAAAUGCAUGACGGAGGUGCCGCUCUUCGGCAACGCCACGCUCUCGCUGGCUAAAGAACUCGAUGUAGAUAUUUUACAGACGAUACCAAUGCACGGGAAUAUCGCGGAAAGUUCGGACAACGGUAAACCGAUUGUCCUGGCGGCACCAAAGAGCAGACAAGCAGAAGUUUAUAGGGAAUUAGCAAAACGUGUUGUUACAUUUUUAAAUAAGCAGGAAAUAAAUGACGAGUGAUAAAAUAGAAAGAA